AUGGCUCAUGUUCAACACCCCAACCUGGUGCGACUGAUUGCUGCUGUAGUGGACGCUGGUGUGGAGAGAGGUACUGACUCACCUCUGCUUGUUUUGGAGCUCUUGGAUACUGACGUCCGAUCCGCUUACAAAAGAAAAAUUGUCGAUUUCCAAAAGGAUGCUUUGUUAUCGAUAUUUCGAGAGGUGGCUUAUGCCCUUCACUACCUCCACGAGCAUCAAGAGCCCAUCAUCCACCGUGAUGUGAGUGCUCCCAACGUCCUCCUCCAGCAAAUACACCCAGGAGUUUGGAAGGCAAAACUAUCCGACUUUGGAUCAGCCAAUCUGGCUAAAAGCUGCAAGACAGCAGCUCCUGGUGCCAUUGUGUAUGCUGCCCCCGAAACCUUCCCACCAUCUAAUCUGGACGAUCCCCUUCCGAAACAAACUACAAAAAUUGAUGUGUACAGUUACGGCUACCUCCUAGCUGAGGCCAUUGCCAAGGAGAUGCCUUCCCCUGAGAACAGAAGAGCAAUACUAUUACGUAUCAAGAGUAAGUGGGAACAAGUGUACGAUAUCAUAGCAGCUUGCGUCGAGAGCCAACCAGACAAUAGACUAUCAAUGACCCAAGUACUUGAAAAACUCAAUAAGCUACCGUCUCAGUAAUUAUUGAUGGAUAUUUACAUGUUACCAAGAGUGCUAGAUCUGAUAUUUGUGUGAUUUUGUGUUGUUGUAUAAAUUAAUUAUUGUUAUGAUGAUCAUUACCAUUCCA